ACGCGCAGCUUGGAUGGAACUUGUCCGGACGAAACUUUAAGAUUAAUUGCGCAAUGUUCGUCACAUGAACUACGACCUUUUAUUUAUUUCUUUUCGGUGGAGAGGGCGGCGGGUUCAGUAUUUCCAUGUCCACAGCUCUGCUAAUGUCUGACGACGGGGAAGAAAGCGAUGGCAGAGAGAAAGAGCUUCGGUCCGAGUCUCCCUCUCCGCCUUUGUGUCUUCCCCAGGGAUCACCUUCUUGUCGACGGCCCCUGGACCUCUUCUCCUCAACCUCUCCGCUACUGGAGGACCCGGAUCCCUCGUACCUGACCUCAGCGGGCUGUCUCAGCUCAUCCUCGGAGAACCGAGACCCCGAGGAUUCCCCUCACCUCACGCCGCCAAAGUUCCACAAAUGUAGCAGGGACUCUCCGCACCAGUACACGCACCUCGACGUGGUGUGCGAACACUACGACGAGGCGCUGCCCCCCUGGAAAGGACGCGGCUCCGAAAACGACGGGAGCCUUCAGCACCGUGGACAGCGCGCUGACCAAUGCGUCCCGGAGCCUCCAGACUGUGGCAACCACCACGCCAAAGAGCAUAUGAACCCCGAAGUGUACUCCGACUCCCGGCAUUCGCUGGAAACUAUGCAUCGUCGGCACACCACACUGAGGGAGAAGGGGCGUCGCCAGGCAGUCCGCGGCCCAGCCUACAUGUUCAAUGAGCGUGGUUCAGCUCUCACUGCAGAAGAGGAGCAUUUUUUAGAUGCUGCCGAGUACGGGAAUAUUCCGGUAGUGCGUAAAAUGCUGGAAGACUCCAAAACCCUGAACUGUAAUUGUGUGGACUACAUGGGUCAGAAUGCCUUGCAACUGGCUGUAGGAAACGAGCAUCUUGAGGUAACUGAGCUGCUCCUGAAGAAGGACGGCUUGGCUCGGAUCGGAGACGGCCUCCUUCUGGCUAUUUCCAAGGGUUAUGUUCGCAUCGUCGAAGCCAUCCUCGGCCACCCUGCCUUUGGCGGGGGUCUCCGCCUGGCUUUGAGUCCUCUGGAGCAGGAGAUGCGCGAUGACGACUUCUACGCUUACGAUGAGGAUGGAACACGUUUCUCACAUGACGUCACACCCAUCAUCCUGGCUGCUCACUGCCAAGAGUAUGAGAUAGUUCACAUUCUCUUAACCAAAGGGGCUCGCAUAGAGAGGCCUCACGACUACUUCUGCAAGUGCUUAGAGUGUGUGGAGAAACAGAAAAAAGACUCGUUCAGUCAUUCACGCUCAAGGAUGAAUGCAUACAAGGGCCUGGCCAGUGCAGCUUACCUGUCACUCAGCAGCGAAGACCCAGUGUUGACUGCCCUGGAGCUCAGCAACGAACUCGCCAGACUGGCCAACAUUGAGACAGAGUUCAAGAAUGACUACCGUAAGCUGUCCAUGCAAUGUAAAGACUUUGUGGUGGGAGUGUUGGACCUGUGUCGGAACACCGAAGAGGUGGAAGCCAUCUUGAACGGCGAUGUUGACCUGUGCCCGCCGAGCCCCUACAACCGACCCUGCCUCAGCCGUGUCAAACUGGCCAUCAAGUAUGAAGUGAAGAAGUUUGUCGCCCAUCCGAACUGCCAACAACAGCUACUGACCAUUUGGUAUGAGAACCUUCCUGGUCUUAGGCAGCAGUCGAUUGGCGUUAAAUGCUGGACCGUGCUGGGGGUCACCGUUGGCCUGCCAUUCUUGGCUGUUGCCUACUGGAUCAUGCCAUGUAGCAAGUUAGGUCAAAUCUUAAGGAGCCCAUUUAUGAAAUUUGUGGCUCAUGCGGUCUCCUUCACCGUCUUCCUGGGUCUACUGGUGGUCAACGCCUCCGACCGCUUUGAGGGCGUCAAGAACCUCCCCAAUGAGACCAUUACGGACCACCCGCGGCAGGUGUUCAGAGUCAAGACCACACAAUUUUCCUGGACAGAGAUGUUGAUCAUGAAGUGGGUGUUGGGUAUGAUUUGGUCCGAGUGCAAAGAGAUCUGGUGCGAUGGACCCCGAGAGUACAUCAUGCACCUGUGGAACCUUCUAGACUUUGGCAUGCUUUCCAUCUUUGUGGCGUCCUUCACGGCACGAUUCAUGGCGUUCCUGAAGGCAUCCAAAGCCCAGCAGUACGUGGACCUGCAUGUGCCAGAUGAAGACCUCAGCAAUGCCUCACUGCCUGAUGAGGUGGCCUACUUUACAUUUGCCAGGAACAAGUGGCGCCCAUCAGACCCCCAGAUCAUCUCUGAGGGUCUGUACGCCAUCGCGGUUGUGCUGAGCUUCUCGCGCAUCGCCUACAUCCUUCCAGCUAACGAGAGCUUCGGCCCACUGCAGAUCUCGCUGGGCCGUACGGUCAAAGACAUCUUCAAGUUCAUGGUCAUCUUCAUCAUGGUGUUUGUGGCCUUCAUGAUUGGCAUGUUUAACCUGUACUCUUACUACCUGGGAGCCAAAUAUAAUCCAGCAUUUACCACAGUGGAGGAGAGUUUUAAGACUCUUUUCUGGUCCAUCUUCGGGCUGUCGGAAGUGAUCUCAGUAGUGCUGAAGUAUGACCAUAAGUUCAUAGAGAACAUUGGUUACGUGCUGUACGGGGUCUACAACGUCACCAUGGUGGUCGUCCUUCUCAAUAUGCUCAUUGCCAUGAUCAACAACUCGUACCAGGAGAUUGAGGAGGACGCUGACGUGGAGUGGAAGUUUGCUCGUGCCAAGCUGUGGCUCUCCUACUUCGACGAGGGUCGCACUUUGCCCGCCCCCUUUAACCUGGUCCCCAGCCCUAAGUCCUUCUACUACCUGGUCUUGCGCAUCAAGUCAGGCUUGUUAGGAAUCUGCAAGGUGGGCAAACACCAGCACGGCAAUGAGUUGGAGCUUGGUAUGCUCAACUCUCAGGGAAAGCAGGGUGAACACCUCAAGUCUUACCGUCCUGCAGGAGAAGAAUUCCAGAAUUUGUCCAGAAAUUCUAGAAAACAUCCAACCAGAUAUGAGAAGAUCAUGAAGCGACUCAUUAAGCGUUAUGUGCUCAAGGCCCAAGUGGAUAGAGAGAGUGAUGAAGUCAACGAAGGUGAGCUGAAGGAAAUCAAGCAGGACAUUUCCAGCCUUCGUUAUGAGCUGCUCGAGGAGAAGUCAGAGGCUGCCGGGGAGCUGUCCCUGCUUAUUCAGCAACUCAGUGAGAAAUUUGGUAAGAACACCAUGAGGCAGUGACGGGGCUGGAAGGAUGGUCAGAAAACUGGGACCUGGUUGUGUAAUGGAGAGAGACAGCAAAAAAUAAGUGGACAACAGGAAGCAGGAUGUUUAUGAGAGACUGAAGGACCAACGUGCAAGCAAAGCAUUGAGAAAACAAAUGUCAGUUUCCUGUCUUCAAGCAAAAAGUAAAAGAAAAUGUUUCCAGUGUCAAGUAAACUCGACCGGGGUGAAUGGUGUUGACAAUGCUAUUCUGAUUGAAAUAGAAGACUGCUUAGUAGAUGAAGAGGUGAAGAAAAAAGCGCUGCCAUGAGAUAUGGACACAUGUCCAACCAGGAGACAAAGGCAUGGGGAAGAAAAAGAGGAAAGAAAUCUUUAUUCACGCUGCACAGGCUUGCAUUUUCUCAUGACAGACGUGUCAAGAGACUACACAGCCCUUUAUACACCAGGCAGUCUAAUUAAAUCUAUUGUGCAACUAGGGGAAAAGUAAUCAUCUAAAAAAAAAAAUAUGUUGAAUUGAUUACAACUUUUCACCAAGAAACAUGACAUUACCUUUCAAACACAAUGAUCUGUUUCAACACACAACUCCAUGUGAUGUGACAAAAAAAAUAUAUAAUAAUAAGCUCGGUUAAGAUAUGUAUACACAUACCAACUCUUAAUAUCCAACCGAUUUUUAAAAUGUGAGAAACCCCACAUAUAAAAAAAAAAAAUGUGAUCAUACCGCCUGGACAGAUCAUUAUACCAAGCUAUUCUCUCUGACUAAUCUUUCCAGACAUCCAGGAAUCAGUCCUUGGAUGACUUUGACAGAGAGGAGACAUUUUAGAAUUUGGCCAGUAUGUGUAAACUCCGCUUGACAUUGUUUUAAAAAAUGUGAUCAUGAAAUCCCCCCAUGGAGCCUUUUACCAGUGCCAGUAAGUGUAUGCAAACAGUACACUUUUAAUGGUCUUAAAGAUUGUGUUAGUUUGAUCAUUUGUAGCUAAAUUCCAUGUCUUCUUAACCUGUCUUAUACUUACGAUAUGAUGUUACUCGACAAUGGGCUUACUAUAAUUUUGCCCAUUGCUUUGAAAGACAUGGUUUAUUUAUCAUUUGUUUAAGAUGAAUUCUCUCUAAAACUUGACCAAAACCUUUUGGGGGUUUUGUCGACUCAAACUAACUCACGCAAAGAAUUGAAUUCAAUGUGACUAUGUUCAUCCAAAAAACUAAAAUCAAAACUAAAAUGGUGGCCGCAGUUUGAGAGGUUAAAUUACAUCCAUGCAGACUUCCCCGUGACAGCAGUAUUCCAUUUAGUUAAACAACUGCUACAAAAACAUUCAAAAAGAGAUUCUCACAUAAAAAGAAAAGAAUAAAUUAAUAGAUGAAUUGUUCAUUUUCUUUAUCAUUUAUUCGAAAGCAAAUCCCUGAUGUAAAAACACAAAAGCCAAUUAAAAACACUUGCAUGCAUACUAAAUUUACAGAGUUCUUGGACCUUUAAGUUUUAGAGUUGUGAGGGUCUAUGGUUUGAAAUUGUGUCAUUAAAUUGUGGUAGAGAAGCCACCCAAGCACACGGAGAACACGCAAACUCCACUCUGAAAAAAUGAAGACCUUUUAUUUGUGCUGACCACUUAACCACUGUGCUGCAAAACAUAUAAAAUAUCAUUUCUAUUGUGCCAAAUGUCACACUGCAAAUGUUACCUUCUGGCACAUUUUGUAUAUGUAGCAAUUGCUCAUUAAUAUUAAAAAAAAAAAAAAAAAAGCACAGUUAACAGCCUAACCACUAAAAAGAAUAUUUCUGAAUCAAUAAAGGCUCAGCUGUACACAUGACAUUUAUUAUAUUUUAGAACCUAAUCUAAAAAAUCCAACUGCUCCGUGAAUAUUUGCCGGAGCCAUUAAAUGUUGAUGAUAUUACAUCUUAGUAACCAAUAAGCCAUGUGCGACAUUAUUUGUCCUUCUGUUGUUUAUGUUUAUUGUUUUUAAAGCCUAAAGAUGCUUAUGAGGAUCACAUGGGGUUGAAAAACCUUUUUCCUGAUAACCAGUUGGAAGGUAUAGAGCGAUAUUCAGGAAGAGGCUUGCCUCCAAGACACACUUGUGGUAGGAAGCUACGUCUAUCACGGGGUUGAUGACAUGAAUAAUCCUGUUGUGUUCAUUAUUAAACUUAAAAAAAAUGUCUACAUUGUAUAGCUUGAUCCACAACAUAUCUGAAAUUAGAUGUUGUAUUGAUUCAGUCAUUAUCUAGCCAUUAUUACGACUGCAUUAUUGUGCCAUGUUUAAUGUCCCAUGCAUUAAACAGUAUUUUGCCAAGAAGAAUAUUAUACAUUAAAUAUAUGUCAUCUAUAAUUGUUAUUAGGCGGGCUGGCUAAGAUGCACAAGAACCACAGAUGUGUUAACGUUCAAGACAGAGAAACACACACACACAAACAGCCAUUAUUUGCCAUAGCUAGGAGGACA